GAUGCCAAUGGGAGUACUGAUGAUGAGGUUGACAACUUGGACAAGCAACCAUCUCAAGGACAAGCCGAAGUGGGUCUUGACAAUGGUCUGGGGCGCACUGCCGAUUUGACGCGCGGGCCAAACGGACCCCCUGAGCAGGGCUCUCAUCCUUCGGAAUUCCUGACGGCUUCUAUCUUCAGGGACUACAUCAUUCCACGAAGACCUCAUGAGGGCACUGGAGCAAACUUGAAUGAUAAGCGCCCUCGCGCAGACCAGAGCCAAAAUUCUUCUGGGGGGGCCACUCCUUUGCGGUCUGCAAGAUCACCCUCGGUGGAGCUGUUUGUCCCUGGCCAACACCUAACAGCACAAGAGGUAACCCGAUGGAAAACCAAGUUAUCAACUGGAAUCCCGUGGCCAAUUGAAUCUGCGGAAAAGAGUAUUAGAAAUAUCAGUUUCAUAAUCAAAAACCUCCCCCAAUUGAUAUUGUCACACCCCAAAUUACCUGAAGAAGCCACUAGAUCACUUUGGAUUGAUUUGGAUCACACCCAUCAGCUAUGUGUUUCAGAGGGCAUUUUGAAGACAGCGGGGAAUUUGUUUCUGAUCACACCUGACAUGGUCAACAUGGACCAAUUCACUCAACCGCGGGCGGGUUCAGCACGGGCCGGCUCACACAUACUUGCCCCCAAUCUGGCAAGCUUCUUUGCGCCUCCCAAAGUUGCAUACACUUGUCUUCUUGCAGCGUUGGAGCAAGCUUGGGGAAUACAACGUUUGGCCAAUGUUAAAAACGAGUGGGUUCAU